CAAUAGAAACUCAUCGAUUUGGAAUUUGAUUCCGUUUCAAACAAAGGAUAUUUGCCAUUCCCUUCUUUUAUUUUAUUUUUCGAUUUCAGCUUCUUCUUUUUCUUCUUCCCUUUGAUAUUUGCGCAAGGGUGGGAAAAAGCUUUACUCGCUGAACCCUAAACCUAAACGAGCUUUCAAUCAAUCAAUCGAUCAAUCAAAACUGUAUCAUGGCGCAUAGGUUGCUCAGAGACCACGAAGCCGACGGUUGGGAGCGUUCUGACUUCCCCAUCAUCUGCGAAUCAUGCCUCGGUGACAGCCCCUAUGUUCGAAUGACGAGGGCUGAGUAUGACAAAGAGUGCAAGAUUUGUACAAGGCCAUUUACUGUUUUUAGAUGGAGGCCUGGUCGUGAUGCAAGAUAUAAGAAAAGUGAGAUCUGCCAGACAUGUAGUAAAUUGAAAAAUGUUUGUCAAGUAUGCCUUCUGGAUCUUGAAUAUGGACUUCCAGUCCAAGUCCGCGACACAGCUCUCAGUAUCAGUUCUAAUGAUGCCAUUCCAAAGAGUGAUGUUAAUAGGGAGUAUUUUGCUGAAGAGCAUGAUCGCAAGGCUAGAGCUGGUAUAGAUUAUGAGUCCUCGUUUGGUAAAGCACGCCCAAAUGACACUAUCUUGAAGCUUCAAAGGACAACACCUUAUUACAAAAGAAAUCGGGCUCAUAUUUGCAGUUUCUACAUAAGGGGUGAGUGUACUAGAGGAGCUGAGUGCCCUUACAGACACGAGAUGCCAGUAACCGGGGAACUGUCUCAACAAAAUAUCAAAGAUCGUUAUUAUGGGGUUAAUGACCCAGUUGCUAUGAAGCUACUUGGCAAAGCUGGAGAAAUGACAUCUCUGGAGGUUCCUGAGGAUGAGAGCAUUAAAACUCUUUAUGUUGGUGGACUUGAUGCUAGGGUCACUGAGCAGGACUUGCGGGACAACUUCUAUGCCCAUGGAGAAAUUGAGUCUGUCAAAAUGGUUCUUCAACGGGCUUGUGCUUUUGUAACCUAUACAACCAGAGAAGGUGCAGAAAAGGCAGCAGAAGAACUCUCAAACAAAUUGGUUAUUAAGGGCCUUAGGCUAAAGCUGAUGUGGGGCAGGCCUCAGACAGCAAAACCUGAGUCUGAUGGCUCUGAUCAAGCAAGGCAACAGGCCUCUGUGGCUCAUAGUGGGUUGUUGCCUCGUGCAGUUAUAUCACAGCAGCAGAACCAGGACCAAACCCAAGGAGGAAUGCUUUACUAUAACAAUCCACCUUCUCAGCAGGAAAGGAGCUAUUACCCUUCGAUGGAUCCCCAAAGAAUGGGUGCUCUUAUUCCAUCUCAAGACGGUGCUCCUGGCGGACCUUCUGGAUCUGGGGAGAACAAACCCGGUUCUGAAAAGCAGCAAAUGCAACAUUAUGGCCAUCCUAUGAUGCCACCUCCACAUGGCCAAUAUCAGCAUCAGUACUAUCCUCCAUAUGGUGGUUACAUGCAUCCAGUUCCCCCUUAUCAACAGUACCCACCACCACCAUACAAUGCUCCAAUGCCUCCACCCCAGCCACAUGUUGCAAAUCACCCCUAUCAACAUUCUAUGCAACCAGGGUCUUCACAAACAGGGUCUGGACAAGUUGGGUCUGCACCGGCUGAAACUGGAACAUCUACAUCAGGAGGGUCACAACAACAAUGAAAGAUAGUGAUAUUUCUUCUUAUUUUUAUUUGAAGUUUAUUUCCUUAAAGUACCGAUGUUGACAGCAAAGAUAGUUUGGCUCAAGCAGAUCUCAACUAGCUUGAUAUUGACUUGCUCGAACAAGUUAUUGUAUUUGAUUUUGUGUUUUUGUAUCAUUGUCACACCAAGUCUGAUCUUUAGAAUUGCAUUGCACUAAAUUAUGUUACAAAAUGUUAGAUGUUAUAAAGUACCCACUCGAUUUUCAUGA